AGAUGGACACCCAUCUUCCAUUCCAAACUUUGCCAGUUUCAACGCCGCUGCCUGUGUCUUCAUCAUCUCUAACAGACGUUCUUCAAACAAUUGCUGCUUUACAAGCCUGUCCCACAUCCUGUAUACCUUCAACAUCAACUGGAAUGCUUUCACCGAAUCUUCCCUUCUCGGCUACAAUUCCACGUGUCAACUUGUUCCCACCAUCACAACCAGCCAAUUCUUUAAUACUGCCAACAAUUCCAGCACAGCCUUUUAUUCCAAAUCCAUCUCUCCUGCAAGCCAAUCCAUCUGCUGUCGAAGCUCUUGCAAAUGCACUUUUUGCAACAACAAGCCGUCGGGCUUCUUGCCCAGAACCUCCUGCAUCCUCUCAAGCAACCGUCACGCUUCAAGUCCCAUCUACGGGUUCUCCAGAACGACGACGUUAUUCAGAAACAAAUAUGGAGGUUCUGCUACGUGAACAACUUGCACAAUUGAUGCCUCCAACCUCUCAACUACCCGGAAUGCCUGGAUGUUAUUAUCAACAUGUUCCAGCUGCUGGAACUUCAGGAAUUCAAGGAUCAUUAGAUGCGGCGUUAAUGGGAGCUGUUCCCUUGGCUAUGAAUAGUAUGGCACAUAGUCGGAGAGCAGCAAAUCAUAGAAAAGCAAGAACAAUCUACGGUACAACACAAACUCAACAACUGGAAGAUAUGUUUAAAGGACAAAUGUACGUAGUCGGAGCAGAACGAGAAAAUCUUGCUCAACGCCUUGGCCUAUCACCUUCUCAAGUUAGAAUUUGGUUUCAAAACCGGAGAAGCAAACAUCGUAGGAAACAACAAGAGGAGCAACAGAGCACGACGUUAGAAGAAAAAUCUGAAGAAAUUGGAAAAGAUGAAGAGGAAGAUGAUGAAGAAGAUGAAGAUGAUGUAAAAGUUCUGAAUUAAUUUAAUUUUUUUUUUCGUGUUUACUUGUUUAUUUCCUGCCAUAUUCUGUUUUAGAAAAUAAUUAGAAAAAAUGUGUAUAUUCUUGAUUAUAAAGCAUUAAACAAAUAAAGUUUUAUGUGAACUU